AUGGGUGUCUGUGGGAGCAAAUCAGAGUCCAGCAUUGGUUCCUCUGCGACUCCCGUGAGGAGAACUGCACCGGCCAAGAGAACCACCGCAACGGCUGCGCAACCACAAAGUAAGAGGAAAGCGGCCUCGAGCAGUACUCACAAGGAAAAGAAACAACCUACAGAGUCUCAUGGUGUGACAUUAGGAAGUGCCACGGACAAUGGUGCUAUCCCUGACGUGGUGUCGGAUGACUUACACGAGACCAAGCAGCUCUCGCCAAGAGAGGCGGCCCGUCUUGCUGCAGAAAAGAGGGCCCAAGAGAGGGAACAAGAACUGGCCAAGGGUGCACUGGGGAAGAAAAUACUGGAACAGCGGAAGAUGAAGGUAUGA